AUGCUGCUUACAUUGGCGAGAAGGCUUGAAGCGUUAGAGAGAAGAUCUGUCAACUAUCGCUCCGAAGCAGAAGUACUUGGCCCAUUUCGUGAAGCAAACGGAAAAAGGACGUUAAAAGAGAAGCCGAAACCGGCUAAGGACCCACUAGAAGUAGAUGUGGAGCUCUCGUCGGAUGACAGCGAAAACAAGGUGAUCAACUUGCGAGAAGAGACUUCAAUCAAGAAAAAGAAGAGUUGCAACUAG